AUGGAGCGCGAUGUAGAUUACUAUCUAUCAGAAGUUGAUAUCGGUGAAUUGGAGGUCACGAUUGAUCGAAUAUUCAAUAGCGAGGCAAUCUCUGCACAGACCGUAGUCAAGCUAUGCAACCAAGCGAAAGAAAUUUUAGCGACCGAAAGCAACAUCAUACCUGUAACGGCACCUGUUACGGUAGUUGGAGACAUUCAUGGACAGCUGUAUGAUCUGAAGGAGCUGUUCCGUAUUGCCGGUACGUCGCCCAAUACAAAUUUCCUUUUUCUGGGAGAUUACGUCGACCGAGGAUACUAUUCAGUGGAAAGCGUUUCAUUAAUUUUAGCACUGAAAGUGCGCUAUAAAGAGAGAGUGUUUAUAAUCCGUGGCAAUCACGAGUGUCGCCAAAUCACGCAGGUGUAUGGCUUUUACGACGAAUGCUUGCGGAAGUAUGGCAACGCCGAUGUAUGGAUAGCGCUUACGAAUAUAUUUGAUUAUCUGCCUCUGGGCGCCUUGAUUGAUGGGAGAAUCUUUUGUCCUCAUGCUGGUUUGUCACCCUCAUUUGACUCCUUAGACCAAGUGCGAGAUCUAAACAGGGUCCAGGAGGUACCGCACGAAGGCGCCAUGUGUGAUUUGCUGUGGUCGGACCCGGAGGAGCGUACGGGCUGGGGUCUGAGCCCACGGGGGGCAGGUUUCACUUUUGGCUACGACAUUUCGAAGGCAUUCAACCGCACAAAUGGUUUAGAACUAAUUGCACGCGCACAUCAGCUAAUAAUGGAGGGGUACCAAUGGUCACAAGAUCGCAACGUCGUAACAAUCUUCUCGGCACCAAAUUACUGUUAUCGUUGCCAGAACCAGGCCGCCAUAAUGGAGAUAGACGAGAGGAUGCGUUUCACCUUUUUGCAAUUCGACCCUUCUCCUCGACGGGAGCCGCCAGAGAAGAAGGAAAGGAACCACGACUACUUACUAGAGGACCUCACAUACAUUAACUAG